ACAAUUGACCGAUGUGAUUGGCAAGGCAGAGAAGGAGAAUGAUUCGCUUAUCCUGCAGCUCCAGUCUGCCUUCGUCGAAGUGCGUUUGAGGAACAUCCCCAUCCCCAAUUUAAAUCCUGCAUCAGGAUCUAAGAAGUUGCCCCUGAAGAAACGCGCAUUCAAGCCAAUUGCAAAUACGAAUGUGGAUCGCAGGAUGACUCGCUCUAUGAUUCAGGUGAUAUA